UAAGUAGGGAGGGCUGAAAAACUAAAACACGUAAGGCGUGGAAUCUCAGUGUGAGCAUCAAUCGGACUAAGAAAGAAGGAAAGGAGACAUUGCAAGAUGGCCGGGCGAAUGACGUUCUGGGAGGAUAGACCUCGUGGAAUUCUGCCACCGAGAAUAUCUGAAGGCAGGGUCGAAAUAAACUUGCCAGCAAGAAAUGCGGUAAGCAAUCCGGUAAUGGACUGGGUGGGGGUAGAGUUGGUGGAGGACACGGUGUACCUAGUAGUGGAGCUGGAAUGGCGUGCAAGAGAGGAGUUCGGGGGCGUAAAUCUGGACCUCCCAGGGCGAGUGCAUGCGACGGGAUCCUUACACCUGUCGGAAGAAGGGUGGCGGACCUUUGGGAUUGCCUUGGCCUCUGGGGAUGACCCCGUGCGAAUGUUCGAAGGGGCAUCGCAAAUAACUUGGCGGGAGGGGUUUGAGUUUGCAGACCCGGAACGAGAUGACGUGACGGCGGAGGUAAGAGUUGCCACGACAGGGAUCUUGGAGCUGCCCAAUGAGGUCGUACGGAUGAGUCUACCGCCGUUUCUGUUGAGGCUAAUGGGAGGCAUAGAGCCAAUGGAGCAGGCGGUAACUGCCAUAACUAGGCUGAAUUUUGACGAAGCGUUAAUGUAUCGAGAAUACUAUCGGGCCUUCCUAGAGAUGGGGCCUUUCGGGGACGAACAGGAGCGCGAGGUGCUUUGCAUUCUACAAGCAGUAGUAAAUACUAGGCCGGGAGUCCCACAAAUAAGUGAUGAGGCCAUGUGGGGAAUCAUCCGGCGGGAGGUAGGUCAGGGCGCGACCUACGUAGAUGACCUCUACCGGCUGUACGAGCUGCCAGAGGGGGCUACUACUCCCAGGGAACCAGGCAAAAUGGCAACGGAGGAGGAGACAGAUAACCGUAAGAGUGAAGGAGAACCAGGCUUAGGGGGCAGUGCCGCACAAGGCGAACGGGGGCAGAAGGACAGAGAAUCGAUAAAUCCGGAUGGUACCAAAGGGAACCGGAAGGAAAUCUCCACGGGAGAAAGUUCUGGGAAAGCCGGGGGAAGCAGGCAAGGGACUCAGGAGACCAAAGAGAGCAGAAAUAAGGAUAGGACAAACCCCCGAAACUCGGAAGGAGCCGUGUCUAAGAAAGCUAGCCCUAGGUUACUCAAAGGGCUUAGACAACUGUUGACUUGGCGGCGAGUAGAAAUAGACGACAACCCCGAAUUACUAGAAGGGGAGAGGGAGGAGGAAGUUCCGCAAGAAGUGGCUAACCUUCAGAGGAGUCACGGGGACUUGGAGGAUCUCGAAAAAGCCUUUGCAGACAUUCGUUUGAGCUUGCCCGACCAAGAGGGCGGCAAAGUCAUGAGAUCACCACUUGGGACGAAGCUUAGCUUUCAUGCGCUGCCCGUAGGGAAACUGAAAAUCCAGAUCGGGAGUCAUCAUACCGACGCAUUAGUAGACGGGGGAGCAGAAAUCACUCUCAUAAGAAGAUAUUUCGCAACGAUCACGGGAUGUAUGAUAAACAAGGAAGUAACAAGGAGCAUCCGGGGAGUGGGCAGGGAAAUCCCGUUCGCUGGGUACGUUACGAAGUGUGCUGUAAAGGUAGGAGUCAAGGAAUCGAUCUGGUCGUUUCAGCGGAUGACCGUAAUGGAGGAAAUGGACCACGACAUAAUCCUUGGGAGACCGUGGUCCGCGAACGUGGAGAUGAUAGGCAUGCACUUGCACGAUGGUUCAUACAUGGUAGACAUUGAGGAUCCUGUGACCGGCCGGGGAGAGCUCCUCCGACUCCUUGGAACGGGAGGAGACCCCCCGAAAAAGGGGAAACUCGCAACAUGGUCGCCAUCGUUCGAGGAUAGCACGCGAAAAGGGGCUUUCGCACGGAUGGAGGGUAUGAGAGAAAGGGUAGAAAUCAUGAUUGAGGAAGCAUUCAACAAGAAGGAGUGGAUCAAGAUGGGCCUGCCCCAGAAGAAGAGGAGGCGGAAGGACGAAGCCCUAGGUGUUAUGGUAGCGGAAAAGAAGUCAAAGGUCGAACUUGGUGCUAGCCUGCCCAAACGGAAAGAAGUACGCAUAGACGUGCCAGAAGUCGCGCUCGAGAUCCCCGAUCUGUUACAACUUAUCAAGGCUCUCAGAUACCACAAGGUAGGAGUGGACUCAGCGGCCUUGGCCAAGUUCGAAGGGGAGUUGCAAAAGGGAUAUUGCCUGAAUGGAAAACUAGUUAGUAUUCAACCACGAGUCGUAGAGGCGACGGGGGCGAUUCUGACUGUUCAUUUUUUAAGGGAAAGAUCCCGGAAGGAAGUGUUCGAAAGUACAAGCCGGAAGUCGGAUCCGGCAAAGACCGACAAUAUAUCACAGUGGCCGACACCGCUGCGCAGGACGACGGAGGUAAGGCCGUUUCUAGGCGUAGUCGGCUUUUGGAGGAUCUUCAUUAAGAACUUUGCCAAUAUUGUUGAGCCUAUCCGGGCUAUGAUCAGGGAAGAAGGAACCAUGGAUUGGACGGAGAAGCGAGAGGGGGCCGUCCAGACCCUCAAGGACAUUCUAACAUCGGAGCAGGUCGGUUUGUCGACGCCUUGCUUUAAUGAUGAGGUAGGACGACCAUUCAUCCUGGAAACAGAUGGAGGGCCCUUGGUCGUAGGAGGCGUACUGAUUCAAAGGGACGAGGGAGGAAAAGAGAGGCCAAUUAGGUUCGAAAGUAGAACCCUGAACUCCGCAGAACGGCGGUACUCGCAAUUCAAGAAGGAAGUCCUAGCCAUCCUGCAUUGCCUUAAGACCUUCCAGGCCUACCUAUUUGGGAGGCGAUUCAUCUUAAGGAUCGAUCCGACGAAUCUCACAGGGACUCUAAAGAAUUACAGGCCUAUAGAUCCGACGGUGGGGAGAUGGGUAGGAUUUAUCUGGCAGUUCGAUUAUAAGAUCGAACGGAUUGCGGGGAUCAGGAACAAGGCUGAUGGGCUCAGCCGGGUCUGCAUCACUCCCGAAGGGGUGGAGGAUGCGGAGCCUAUAGACGCGUUCCUCGAAUACGAAGGAGGAACUCUUGCGGUGGAUAAUGAAAGGAUGAGCGAAGGAUGCACGUCGGGAGAACUAUUGAUCCAGACUUUGGAGAAGGGGGCACCUGCCGUAGUAGCAGAACUUAGAGAAGGAUCAGUCACCACUCGAGGAUGCAGAGAAGAAAAUAACUCAUGGGGAGCGAUAGUAGGACCGAAAGACGAAUUAAUAGCAAUGGCGGUCGAGGGAGACCGGGAAGCAGUGAUGAGCUUAGUGGAAUCUUGGGAAAGGAAAACGUUGCAAUGGGUGGUAAACCAGAUGCAGGAAGGAAAAGAUGGGAGUAAGGAAGGAGAGGAGUUUUUCUAUGUCCAAUCAUACGAAGGGCUCUUUCGGGAGAUCGGGUUGUUAUUGGUAGGAAACAAACAAACUAUGGAAGUCAGUAUUAAAGCAAGAGAAGAAGCCGAAAGGACCUAGGAGAAAAGCAAGAAAAAACAAAAAAAAUAAAAUUCGGCAACGAGA